CAACCAUCCCCGCAAACAUGCAUUCUCCCCUCUCUAUCUCUCCUUCUCUCCUCACCGGCUGGUCACCGGUUUUCUCCAUUCGCCGAUCAUUUUCCGACCACUUCAACCUCAUUUCUCCACAUUUCCAUAACAACUUCAACUCAAUUCUUUCCUCUUCCGAAAAUGUCGAGUCACGGUGGUUCUUCGCGAAAGAGUGGUUCGUUCUCGACUAGCCCUGCGCGGUCUAAGAAGAAGGGAUCUGAAUUUUCACCCCCGGAUCCCAGUUUUCGUAAAUUUCCAUCUAUGCGCUCCACCACCGCGGGUGAGCGAACUGUGAAAUCAUUGCGACUUUCAAAGGCACUGACAGUGCCUGAAACAACAACUAUCUAUGAAGCUUGCCGUCGGAUGGCUGCUCGCAGAGUAGAUGCUCUAUUAUUAACUGAUGCUAAUGCUUUGCUCUGUGGAAUCCUUACAGACAAGGAUAUAAUGACAAGAGUAAUUGCCUCUGAGAUUAAUCUUGAAGACACACCUUGUUCCAAGGUUAUGACAAGGAAUCCAGUAUUUGUCCUUACCGACACUCUUGCUGUGGAAGCUCUCCAAAAAAUGGUGCAAGGGAGAUUCAGACAUUUACCUGUGGUGGAGAAUGGAGAAGUGGUUGCUAUCCUUGACAUAGCAAAGUGUUUAUAUGAUGCCAUUGCCCGUAUGGAAAGGGCUGCGGAGAAAGGAAAGGCAAUUGCAGCGGCUGUUGAAGGUAUCGAAAAACACUGGGGAGCUUCUGCCUCUGGCUCCACCAAUUCAUCAUUCUAUGAGACUCUUCGGGAGCAGAUAUUUAAGCCAUCAUUGUCUACAAUCAUUCCUGAGAAUUCAAACGUUGUUACAGUCUCAUCAAGAGACUCAGUUUUGACAACAACAAAAAGGAUGCUUGAACUCCGUACAAGUGCUGCUGUUGUGGUAGUUGAUAACAAACCUUGUGGUAUCCUUACUUCAAAGGAUAUCUUGAUGCGGGUAAUAGCACAAAAUCUCUCCCCAUCAUCAACUCUUGUUGAAACGGUCAUGACUGUAAAUCCAGAAUGUGCAAUAAUCGACACACCAAUUGUUGAUGCACUUCACUUAAUGCAUAAUGGAAAAUUCUUGCAUCUUCCUGUGGUUGAUAGAGAUGGCAUUGUUGUUGCUACGGUUGAUGUCAUUCAUAUCACUCAUGCUGCUGUGGCUACAGCUAGUCAGGCUGGGAAUACUGCUAAUCUGAACAAUGAAGCUGCCAACAGCAUGAUACAAAAGUUUUGGGAUUCGGCCAUGGCCUUGACUCCAAAUGACGAUGAAGAAGAUUCACAAAGCGACACUUCCUUUAAAUUGGUUUCUGAGGGAGGAGAAACAGGGAGGUCCAUUCCUUAUAAUAUGUCAAGCACGCAAACCACAUUUUCCUUCAAACUACAAGAUAAGAAGGGUAGAUUGCAUAGAUUCUCAUGUGAUACUCGGAGCUUGACAGAGGUUAUAACUUCCAUCAUUCAGAGAGUUGGCGAUGAUAUUGACACCAAGAACCUGCCCCAAAUUUUGUAUGAAGAUGAAGAACACGAUCAAGUUGUAUUGGCUUCAGAUAGUGAUCUUGCAGCAGCCGUGGACCAUGCAAAGACGGCUGGUUUGAAGGGUUUGAGAUUGCACUUAGACUACUCAGGAGCACAUGGUUACGGAGCAGAAUCAAAUUUAAAUUUGGAACAUGCUAAUUCAGAAGCAUGGGCCUCGGCAUUUCACACUGUUGCAGCUGGAGCAGCAGUUAUCGCUGCCUUAGGCCUAUUAGCGUUCUUCAGGCGAAGGCAUUAGGCCUAUAAGCGUUCUACAGGCGAAGGCAAUGCGAGAGAAAGAGAGAAGUUUUUUAUUUUGUUGGGGGUAGAGAUCAAUACUGAAGUAAGUUAGAACUUUGGAGGGGCACACUUUUUACACUUGCCAAUCUGUAAGUUCUAACUAUUAGUACAACAUGUAAUCACACAAGAAAAAAAAAAGUAAAAUCAUUUUUAUUUCUGUCUGUAAGUAGGGAUGCAUUAUCCCUUGCUGCUUGUAAAUUUGUAAUUCAAGGUUUCACAUUCUCGUCACACAAGAGCAGUCGACAUAGCCAUAUGUAUCUGUAACCUGUCCAUUUAUUUAUGACAUGUUAACAACUCGGUCAGUUGAUCGGGAUUACGGAA